AUGAGUUAUAGUCCUGCAUCGAAACAUUCACCGCUGCUUCGACGUUCUUACCUUCCUCGGUCUCGCAUGACCGAAAGGACUCCACUAAAUCAACGACUCGAGUCCCUAAUUGACGGAGAUUCUUCUCGACCCCGAAAAACACGCGAAACACCUCAGGAAACACCUCCAGUCCAGAACCGACUACAACCCACAACCCAGCCGAUUCUACGCUGGCUCGGAUCGUGGAGUCCCUACCGCUCAACUUCUCCUGAGCCAGAGUCUGGCCAACAACGACGCAGUUCCUCUCCGAGUCCUCCUUCACCCGGAUUGGCCUCAUUGAACGAAGCAUUAAACGAACCAAUCCGUUCCCCUCCCUCAGCCCAUCUUCCGGAGUCGUUUGUCCCAGCAAGAGCAUUACAUCGGCCACCGCCUUUCCUGGACAACUUGACCCGCUCCACAUUGCCCACUGCUUCUUUAUCACCGACCACUCGCGAGGACAAUCCGUUCCAUGACAUAUCUUCUUUACAUUCAACACCACCCGGCUCUUCUGUUGCGGCACUACGCUCUGUCUCCCAACGAGACCACCGUCGUUCACUCUCAUCCCACGCGGCGAUUGCGGAAGAGCCUCACUCUGAAUCUUCCCCAUUUGCACGCUGGUGGUUCCAGUCCGAAAACAAGGAGAAUGUUGAUACUCUUCUCGAAUCAGAGGAUCGAGCCGACAAUAUUGAACAAGAGCAGGAAUUACUGCACAAUAAAUAUCGCUCGACCAAGAAUCCGGUCGUGUUUUGUCACGGACUCCUCGGUUUCGACUCUGUUUCCAUUGGGCCCGCAAUUGCGCCGGUUCAAGUUACACAUUGGAGAGGCAUCCGAGAAGUGUUGGAAGCAAACGGCAUUGAAGUGUUAAUUACGCGCGUGCCAGCAACCAGCUCUCCGCAAGACAGAGCCAAAGUUCUAGAGGAACGAAUAUCAGAGACAUUUCCGGGUCGCAGUGUUCACUUGAUUGGGCACUCGAUGGGAGGGUUGGACUGCCGAUAUAUGACAACACAUUUAACGGACAGGAAAUUUCAGGUCCUUAGCAUCACCACGAUCGCCACUCCUCACCGAGGAUCUUCGUUUGCAGAUCAAUUUCUGACGACUGUCGGUGCAGCUAGAAUGCCUUCUGUCCUAUCUCUCCUUGAUCUGCUACCGAACGGAGGCGGCGAUGGCAAGGCAUUCCAGUCUCUUACGCUUGAAGCUAUGCGUCAGUUCAACGAGGAAACACCCGAUGUACCCGACGUUCGAUAUUUCAGCUGGGGAGCAACCUAUCAACCAGGUCUCAUUGACACCUGGAAAUGGCCUCACUCCGUGGUUCUAGAACACGAAGGGGAGAAUGACGGUCUAGUGUCCGUCGCAUCAGCAAAAUGGGGCACAUAUUGCGGUACGCUACAGGACGUCUCACACUUGAACUUGGUCGGCUGGAUCAAUCCGGCUCAGUACAAGUGGGCGGAAAUGAUGGGACGCGAAAUCACUUUCCGUCCCGCCACCUUCUACCUCGGAAUAGUUGACAUGCUCGCUGGAGAGGUGGAAAAACAGCCGCCGAUGAAGAAAGCCUCUGGCGGAGGCUCGAAAGCUACCUCUCCCUGA